CCUCUGCUAAUCGCGUACACUCGACUUCAAGACAAGCCUUAUUCAUGUACCUGUUUUUGGACUUUAAGAUCAUCUUCUGAGGAGUGGCAAGGUCCUUCAACACUUGAGGUGUUGUUGUGAGUCGGUUGACAGUCCGUCAUCUUCUUGCCUUGUUUAGCUCUGCAACGAACCAGGCAGCGUCCGAACAAAAGCCAGUGAACUUGGCAUUGCAGAUAGCGUACAUGCGUUGUUUUUAUCUAUACAUUUCAGUAGGCCUGCAGUUUUAUCGGUGAACAGUUAAACUGUGUCCAUAACAAUGAAUAAAUCUAAGUUAGCAAUCGGACUUUUUGUCGCGGGUACUCUGACUGCAGUGUUUGGGUUAGUUAUUCUAUUCGUUGGACCAAUCAUCAUUGACGACCAAAUAGUAAAGAACUUAGUAAUAGACCCUGAGAAUGAGGUGUCCUACACCAUGUGGAAGGACAUUCCUGUCCCGUUCUUCAUGUCUGUCUACUUCUUCAACAUCCUCAACCCCACCGAAUUCCUGGCGGGAGAGAGACCCAUGGUGGAGCAGAGAGGACCCUACGUAUACAGGAAGCGUCUUCAGAAGCAGAACAUCACGUUCCAUCCCAACCAUACAGUGUCGUAUCUUGAAUACAGGAGCUACUUCUUUGAGCCCAGCAUGUCAGUGGGCAACGAGUCGGAUGUGGUCACCAUCCCUAACAUGCUGGUGUUGGGUGCGGCGGUGAUGAUGGACAACAUGCCACACGCAGUGCGUCUGUUGCUCAGUGCCACCUUUAAGAGCUUUAAGGAGGGACCCUUCCUGAGCAAGUCUGUAGGGGAGCUGAUGUGGGGCUACGACAGCAAGCUGGUGGACUUCCUCAAUAAGUGGUUCCCUGGGAUGCUACCCUCCACUGGCAAGUUUGGCCUCUUCUCUGAGUUCAACAACUCCAACACUGGUAUGUUCACCGUCCACACUGGGAAGGAUGACAUCCGGCUGAUUCACAAAGUGAACUCAUGGAAUGGCUUGACCAAGUUGAUAUAUUGGAAGACUCCCCAGUGUAACAUGAUCAACGGUACAGCAGGACAAAUGUGGCCGCCCUUCAUGACCAAAGAGUCCACACUGCCGUUCUACAGUCCUGACGCCUGCAGGUCUUUGGAGCUGGUGUAUCAGCGUGAGGGGAUAAUGAAAGGGAUUCCCCUCUAUCGCUUUGUGGCUCCUAAGACGAUGUUGGCUAAUGGCUCAGACUACGCUCCCAAUGAGGGCUUCUGUCCCUGCAGACAAUCUGGCCUCCUCAACGUCAGCAGCUGUCGAUCCAACGCCCCAGUGUUCAUUUCCCAACCCCACUUCUACAAUGCUGACCCUGUGCUGCUGGACUACGUACAGGGACUUCAGCCUACUGAGGACGAACACGGACUUUUCAUAGACAUCCACCCUGAGACUGGUGUGCCUCUGAAUGUAUCUAUCCGUCUGCAGCUCAACCUGUACAUGAAGGAGGUGUCGGGUAUCACGGAAACAGGGAAGAUCUCAGAGGUUGUGAUGCCCAUGAUCUGGUUUGAGGAGAAUGGCUAUAUGGACGGUGCCAUCGUGAAAACGUUCCACACCAACCUGGUGCUAUUGCCAAUGGUGAUGGUGUACAUGCAGUACUGUUUCCUAGUCCUGGGCCUGGCCACUGUUCUGGGAGCUGUACUCCUACACUACAGUGGGAAGGUGUUGUUGAAAAAAGAUCCGUCUACAGUGAUAGAGAACCACGGGGCAACGGUUAAAGACCCAGUAAACGGCACCGAUGGACACAUUUAUCAUGAAUGGCACAGAUCAUAAAAUGUGAGAGGACUGUCAUACCGGACGCCAGCGUGAGCACUUCAUCCAGCGAGCAAACCCCUCUAAUACAGGACCAUGUGGACUAACACGCAUGUAGGGGGCGAGCUGCCUAGCCCAGUUCUGCAUGUGUUUUAUUGAGACUGAUGAUCACUGGAACUCCAAAAACCACUGAUUCUCUCCUGCUAUCUAUAUCUCUCUCUCUCUCUCUCUCUCUCUCUCUCUCUCUCUCUCUCUCUCAGCUAUAAACUUUCUCACCUGGUACAAUUUUCACCUGGUCCUGCAUCUGCUCCGGGAGACUUCAUUCUGUUCAGUACUCACCGGUCAACAGGGAAGGGCAGGACCACCCCGGUUGGUUCUGCUCUCUGGUGGUGUCCCAUCCAAUCCUCCAAUGAGGAUCCACUAUUGGACUACAUCACCGCAUCCUCAGUCACUGUUAUGUGAAUCCUUCCUUUGUCUGUUGGUCCUUCCAGUUCCUCCGAUGUUUUAACAACUUACUAUCAUGUGUUUUUACUAUUCCUGAAAUGCCAUAGGAAACCACACCACUAGAUCUGUAUUGUCCUGCUUUCCUCUCCUCUGGUGUGUGUGUAGAAGUUGCCUGUAUGCACAGACCUAGGAUCAGAUAAUCCUACCCUUUGCCUUUUAGGGGAAGAAAUGGAAAAGUGACCCAAAAUCGGCACCUAAAAGCAAUGUCAUUCUACAAUAUCUCACCAGAACAACGAAUCAAAAAGUGAACUUGUUUCUGGGGUAAAGUCCAGUCAAUUCAGGAAGUAGACUGAAAUUCCAACUAUCUUCCAUGCUUUUCAAUUAGGGGAAACUGGAAUUUGGUUUACUUUCUGACUUGACUGGCAUUUAAAUGGGAUUUACCCCCAACUCAGGGACAAAGGCUUACCCACUCAAGCUGCUCCAAAAACGCAUGACUUGUCGGUGUUCCACAUGGGAUAUUAUUUGUCUUUUUACCUAAGCACAGUACUUGACUUGGGCAGGAGCUCACUGGAACUGAGUACCGGCAACUCAAUGUUCUUCUGCUUGAAUUCCUGCACCUCCUAUUGAGUAUUAACUCAAGUAUUAAGGAGUUCUCUACCAGCACCCAAAAUGAGUACCGGAAAGUCGAACACAUUCCUAAACAUGUCUACACCAUCAGCUAGAAUUCAUAGCAAACCGAAGGAAGGGUGUGUGAAAACAAAAGGGAUAUAUAUUUACAAUGCAUUCUAUUUGGCAAUGUCCUUGAGUGUCCUGAAAGGCAUCUUACAUAAAAUCUGGUGCUGUACAUAAAAUCUAUUUCAUUUAGGCCUAUGUAAUGAAUUUGAAUGAAUUAUUUACCGGGGAAACCCAAAAAAGAAACUGUCAGCUUACCCAUUUCAAAAUAAUGGGAGGGUUCUUGUACGUGUCACUUCACACUGAUACCAUGUGCAGCAAACCGUAGCAAUAGCUGUGUAGGCUAGACUGUGUAGGAUACUCACCGUGAGCCAGCGGGAGCUCACUAGCCAACAACGCUCACUGUUUACAUUUUUUUUUUUUUUUAAGAUCCCAUUUCUAGAAGAGGAUGUUGGAGCAUAUGCCAUGUUAUUUGAUCUUAGUGAUUUCACCAUGAAGGGCCUCCUGUCCCCCUCCUAUAUUACUCACGGAUCUCAUUUAAGGGCCUUUUAAGACAUUGUCAGUCAAUUCAAUCAGCGCUUACAAUUCUGUUUUCAUUCAACACUUUUUUAUUUGUGAAAUGAUGAAACGCUCUUCUCUACUUCGACUCAUGGACAUCAGUCCAGUGAAAAAGUUAUUUAAAUGUAUGCUCCGAUGUGCCUCGCAAAUAAUAGGCUAUUGUCUUACCCGUGUUAAUAGCCUAGCGUGAGACUAAUUUUGAAAUAGAAGGGAUUCUAUGUUAUAAGGGUAGGCCUACGUGGAUAAAACUGGAUCUGUUAUUUAUAUAUGAAAAUAGGCAUAUGCAUGAAACAGUCAAACCUGUAUUUCCAGUCAAUGAUUUUUAGGAAUUGAAUUGGAAACAGAACUGUGCCCUGUUUCUCUGCCCAUGCAUUAUAGUUAGGCCCUAUAGGCUAUCGAUCAUUUAAUUGUUCAUCAGAUACUUCAUAUACAAUUAAUUAUAUUCUCACCCAUUACGUUAUUGUCAAUUUAAUCCAGUCUUUAUGCUAACUAUAUGUAAAAUUACUUUUGAUAUGGUUUAUGUGUUGGGCCAUCGGCUGCACAGACCUGAUGGGCAGGGGAGGGAGUGACAUCCUCUUAAUAUCAACCAGAAUUGAGGUUAUAAGCAUUGCGAUUCUAACAACGAUCAUGUGUUGGACUUAUUUAGGACAGGGGUGACUGCUUUAAAAAAUAAAAAUGGCAGAGUAAUUGGAUAAAGUGGAUUUCCAGUCAAUGACUUUUGGCUCUCCUAGUGUUGAAGGGUUACAUUUGUGGCUGCCUAGUCUACUAGUCUCCUGGUUGCUGAUCCAGAGAAGUUGCCAAGCCUGUUGUGAUUAUUACUGCUAUAUCAGGGUGUUUUAUGUUCUAGUCUCACUCUAUUAAUUAUAGCUCUAUGGUUUAUGUGUAGGUCCGAGUUUUUUUUUUUUUUUGGACCACCUACAUUUUUGCGGGCCCUGCCAUGAAUGGAUUUCUGCCUAUGCCACUGCCUCGACCCCAUUUUUUUUUUUUUCAUUUUUUGUUGUUGUAAUUGUUAGGAAUAACGCUUCAUUCAGAGUAAAUUAGUUGACCUAGAAAUGUCCCUCUACUGAGGCACUAAUAAUGACUGAUGUUUUACUACACCGAUGUGCCUUUUCAAUUGGAAACUUCUCCUUUGCCCAAAAGGACUCCUAAACCCUUGCCACUCCAUGUAGAUUUGAGAGGAUUGGAUCUGGUAGCUCCACCUUACCCUCUCUGGAUUUUCUCCAUACAGCAAAUGCUCAUGGGCGUCCAAGGCUAGGGGUCAAUUUGGAAUUGGGACGUUUAUGGUGUGUAUUGUGGCCAAAGACCAGGGGUGCUCAAACUUUUGGGUGGUGGGCCACGGGCUGAACGUAUAAGUAUUUAUUAAAAUUUCAAUAAAAGAUCGCUUUUUAGUAAGCAAACAUAAAAUCGCACUUCAAAACAUUGUAGCCGUAACUUGAAACCCAACUACAUUCUGAUUACCACCUCACAGGCAAGACAAUUUAGUGUCCCCUCCCCCCAGGGGCCAUUGUACAAAUGUUGUCGGCCCUGCCAUAGACCAUACUGUACACAGUAAUAAUUCUGUGAUUGACUGUAAAGAGCGUAGUACCUAAAAAUGCUUGUGUCCAAACUAUGGCUGUGUCUCAAAUGGCACCCUAUUCCCUAUAUAAUACACUACCUUUGGCCAGAGUGCACUAUUAGGGUGCCAUUUGGGACGUACGUAUUGGGGAAUAGGGUGUCUCUUGGGACACAUAUAUUGGGGAAUAGGGUGUCUCUUGGGACACAUAUAUUGGGGAAUAGGGUGUCUUUUGGGAGGCACACAAGGGUCUGUAUGUGUUUCAUUGUGCUUUUUGACCAUGCAGGAUCUUUGAAUGAGAUGGCUGUUGUGAGAUUUGUGAAUUUGCACCAUCGUACUCCUUUAAGUGUCGAGGAUAAUUUUGUAAAUAAAUGUGCCAUGAAUUGGCGUACAUUACUUCCACU